CUCGUGGGUGAGUUUAAUAAGUGUCGGACUGUCAGGAGAGAGACUGGCCAAGCCACGGGAAGGAGGAGUCAAGCAGGGACUUAGUCUGGAAUCUUUACGUGGGCACAAGAAGGCAAAAUCUCAUCCUGCUUGAGCCUUGUCUAGUCCAGGUGCAAACCGCCAGUCGGAGAAGGUUCCUGUGAAUUUAUUGCAUGAGCGAUAAGUCUCCAGUUGAGCUCUUCCCAUGUGGAGCAGGUCGUUCACCCUUAACCGAACUGCUUCUGGCUUCCCAAGCCAAAUAGCCAUGGCCAAAAAUGUACACCAGGAGCCCAGCUUGGUUUCCGAAUGCCCCGUCUGCUGGAACGCUUACAAUAACAUUUUCCGGACCCCCAAACUCCUGCGGUGCGGCCACUCCUUCUGCAUCGAGUGCCUGGCGCAUCUCAGCCUGAUCGCCGCCACCCAGAACCAGCUGCCUUGCCCGCUUUGCCGCUGCCUGACCUUGCUCCCCGCCAACCAGCAGGUGACCGAACUGCCCACCGACAUCGCGCUCCUGCACAAGCUGGGCCUGGAGCCCAACCACAUCAUCCUCGAAGGGCGACAACUGUGUCUCAAGGAGCAGCGCAAGACCAGGUACUUCCUGCGGCAACCCAGGGUGUACACCUUGGACCUGGGCCUGGACCCCGAACUCGGCACCCAGCCUUAUCCCGAGAGCCCCCAGCCAGCGACUGUGGCCAGCACCCCCACCGUGCCUCGGCGCUCCCUUCUCCGGGAAUGCACCCGGAACCCGCACCUUCGGAUCUUCACCUACUUGAUGGUCAUUAUCUUAAGCGUGACUUUACUACUCGUCUUCUCCAUCUUCUGGACGAAAAACUUUUUCCCGGGUUUGGGAUGAGGGAGAAGACGACCUCAGAAACUUGGUUUUGAUUUCAUGGGGUGCUGGGGGUGGGAUUCCGCAGGGGCUGGGAGCGCAGGAAGCCGGAAAGUAUUUUUGGGAAGGGGGAUAAAAAUCCUUUCCUAAGGAGCUCAGCUUCUGAAUUUGGGGGUCGAGAAGGUAGGAGAAAGGAUGGCUAGGAUGACUAGCGGGCGGUGCUCAUCUCCGUUUCAAAGC